AUGGGCGACGGCGGCGGCGGCGGCGGCGGCGGCGGCGGCGUGACGUCAGCCUCAGCGUCCACCGGUUCCGGCACUGCGGAGGAACAGGGCGGCGGCGGUGGUGCUGGAGGUCGCUGUCUGCCAUCUCCCCGGGGAUUGGAGGUGGGGUCAAGGACAGGUGCCGGCCGGACGGCGUCCGCCCGCGAGACGGAGCGGCUGCGGCCAGAUAGCAGCGACACUCGGGAAAUGGGAAACUUGAUGGAUGCUGCAUGCGUCCGGCGGAGGACGUAUGUGGAUCACGCAGGGCCCGCAUCGCUCUCCGGAUUGCCGGCAGAUGCCGCGCCCGGCAAAUUGAAUCCAGCGCCGCCACAGCCGAGGAGGCGCGACCGGGGGCGCGAAAUGGCGUCACGCCCAGAUGCUUCUCCUGUGUGA